AUGAGUUCUUCUGUCCCACCAAAAGGUAGCGAUGUUGCAAAUGAAAAAUUACGUGAAAUGGGUGCUGGUACAGCUAUAGGACAUCAAGGUGGUUCAGCAAAUAGUGAUACAAGAUCAGUAGAAUCCAAUGAUCGCGUUAACUCUUCGUUGGCUGGUGGUAUGACUAUUGGACCUCCAAUCAAUGUUAAUAAUGGUUAUGAAAUACUUUCAGAUAGUAUAUUAUGUUUAUAUCUAAAUGAUGAUAGUCUACCAAUACAAUCAAUUAAUAAUUCACAUAAUCAAUUAUUAUAUGAUCUUAUUUAUGAUAUUCUUGUACGUCAUAUACAAACAAUAACAUUUAGAGAACGUGAUGCAGGAUUUUCUUUACAUUCAAAUAUGAAUGAUCAAGGUUUUAAUAUUAAUAUUGGUAUUGAUUUUAAAACAGGUUUUAUUUUUGGUGGAAAUCGUUGGAAUUGUGGAACUUGGGUGAAUAAAAUGGGUUCAAGUGAUAAAGCUAUUAAUAAAGGUCAUCCAGCAACACCUUGUGAUGGUUCCUCUAUUGAAUUGAUUGCUUUAUCUCGUUCAAUUCUAUCAUGGCUUAUUCAAAUGAAUAAACAAGGAUAUUUUCGUUAUGAUUCUAUUCAAAUAUCUUCAGAAUCCUCUGAAAAAACAAAAUUAUGUUUAACUGAUUGGUUAAAUAUAAUUGCUGAAAAUUUUGAAAAAGAAUUUUGGAUUGAUGAAUCAAAUAUAUCGGAAUAUGUUAAUAGAAAACAAAUAUAUAACGAUACAGUUAAUUCAACAAGUAAAUGGACAGAUUUUCAAUUAAGACCUAACUUUGCAAUUGCAUCAGUUAUUGCUCCAGAAAUCGAUUAUAAUUAUGUUGGUGAUUAUGUAUGUGAUGAUGAUUUAUAUGAUUGUGAACAUGCUUAUGGUUUUAAUUAUCAUAAUGGACCUGAAUGGUUAUGGUUAAUCGGUUAUUAUAUUCGUGCUAAACUUUAUUGGUUAAAACAGCAAAAUGAUUCAUUUAUUGUUGAACAAACAAUAAAACAUGUACGAGAAAUUUUAUCAUUAGAAAUGGAUCUAUUAUAUUCAAAUGAUUGGAAACGUUUACCUGAAUUAACAAAUAAAAAUGGUCAAACAUGUUCUUAUUCAUGUUCAAUUUAUUUUUGUUCUUGUGCAACUAUUUUAGAAGCUUUAUAUGAUCUUCUAACUAUUUAG